UAUACUCCGUACAGAUAUAGAAGAGAAGGUGUGCCUUAAGUUCGGUCUUCUGGCGGUAGGUGUUCCUCUCUUUCUUGGAUUCGUGUCGAGUUGAAGAUAAAAAGGAUAACACCAAAUUCACGAGCUGGCACCAAAAAGCCAUGUCUGACCCGUUGGAGACGUUGGAGGGGCACCUCUCAAAUACUCCAUCUGUUUCAAGAAGGCAGUAUCCGAUUGCUGGGAUCCUCACAACAGUGUACGGACUGAAUGAACUGUCCUCGCCAACCUCGGAGAUCGCAUGUCUCUGGCUCCUACAUCCCAGGCUGGGAAGCCAGGAAGCAAUGAGCCAACUCGCUACCUUGGCCAUAACUGACUGGAACAAAAAGAUCCUACAAGGCCAAGCUGGUCCCAAAGCCAAGGGGCUGAUUGCGGUGUCAUUCGACCAGAGAAACCAUGGCACAAGAAUCGUAGACCCGGUAGCCAAUGAAGCGUGGAGAUCAGGAAACCCUCGUCACGCUCAAGACAUGUUCUCUAUAUUCCAGGGCACCGCACGAGACGUAUCUCUUCUCAUAGAUUAUCUCCCGGCCUUUGUGUUUCCUGAAUCGGAGAAAAGGAUUACGGAGCAUCUGGUGCUGGGUGUAUCGCUCGGAGCCUAUGCAGCGUGGAGCUGUAUCCUCCAUGAGCCGCGGGUCAGCGCUGGUAUCACCAUUAUCGGGUGUCCUGACUAUGUGAACAUCAUGGCAGAUCGUGCGCGGCUAUCCAAAUUAGCAUCAUGGAAAGGUAGCGAACCAGAGGGUUCACAGUUUCUGGGCUCCAAGGAUUUCCCGUUUACUCUCCUGGAGACCGUUCGCCGCUUGGAUCCUGCGAGUCUCUUCCUCAGUUACACCGGGCCUGAAUCCGAGGUCAUCAUCUCACGGCCAAACCCGCUGCCCGAGCCAACGCCAGAACAGCAAGAGAUCUUGCGUCCAGUUCUGUCUCGUUGUUUGGCCAGGAAGAAGAUCUUGAAUAUCGCCGGCGGAGCAGACAAGCUAGUUCCAUAUCGCUGCGGAGAAGCUUUCUUGGCCUGGCUCAAGAAAGCUGUUGGACCAGAUGGAUGGUUCAAGGACGGCGCAGUCACUCUGGAAGACGUUAUUGAUCCGACAGCCAGGCAUGAAGUGACGCCCAAGAUGGCCGACGAAGCGAUCCAGUUCGUCAGUCGAGUACUCUUGACCAGCAAUACAACCCAGAAAACCGGCUUUGUCCGCCACUGCAAGAUAUAGUACCUAGAAUUACAGCCAGUGAUUUAUUGCCUUGGAACUAGGGUUUAUAAUAUCGCCUCUACUGCAACUUCUGCAGGAGUGAGCUUUUAACAGCUGCGGCAAGUAAUUCUACCACAUCGUACAAUAGAGAAAGUUGCAUAAAUCAACUCAUUACUUCAGAUUGAAAAAGAAAACUUCCUCCUUGUGGUAUUUGUUUAGCACAGUAAGAUCGUAAAGGCAUCCGGAAACUAUGCUAUGCUUGUUGCACAAAAUAAAAGAAAAUCCU